AAAAAAGGAGAAAAAUGAAAGCAGAACCAAAGUGACAAACCAGCACCACACACACAGAAGCCCACGCCCACCACACCCACCAUGAACUUACGUGGGCGUGAGAAAUGUAGCAGUCACUAAGACACUACAAUGAUACUGGCGUGAGGGAAAAGGUGGGCGGCGGCACCUCUGUAUAGGGACGCCGAGCCGCCCAUACGCCGCCCAUAGCAUGCAGGAGCGCUUAAACUCGCCGUCCAUCCUGCCGCUGCCCCCGCUCCACGCCCUGAUGCCCCCCAAAGCCCGGUAGUCGACCCCAUGUUAGCGGGCAGUGUGGAGGCGGUGUUGGAUGGCGUGAGGCGCUACACGGACCUCCGCCGCUACUCGGAAACGGUACUGCAAGGUUGUAGGCACUUCGCGACUGAGUGUGCUAGCGGGCUGUGCGUGUCGGGGGACGUGGGUGAGGGGCGUGGAGGGGGGCCGCGCAUCACCCACCUCACGGGGUCCUCCUCGGGCGUGGGCGUGGGCGUGGUAGAGGACGAGCCCCGGUUCCCACGCCUUGACCAGUGCGCCCACUUCCACUACGAAUAUGUCGAGUUGCCGCCCCUACAGGUGUCGCUAGUGUGUGAGGAGCUGAAGCCGCUGAGUACUGGCGGCGCGGGGGGCGGCAGCGGUAGCCUGGGGUCAGAGGACGCAGAGAACCGCUCCCUGCCGGUCCAGGUGUGCUCGCUGGGCCGCUGCUGGGUCCUGCGCCGCACCUACGAGAACUUCAGGUUCCUGGACCGCCAGCUGCACCGCUGCUGCUAUGACAGGAAGGUGUCCCGCCUGCCAGAGCUGCCGCCGGAGGACAACCUGCAGCCCGGCGGGGACAGAGAGGCGGCGGUGGCGGGGCUGCUGGGGGAGUACGUGGCCAGGCUGAGUGAGGUGGCUGGCUCCCUCAUCACGUGCGGGCCGGUGCUCAACUGGCUGGAGCUGGACAACCGUGGCCACAGGCUUAUCGUGACUGAUGACUCUGAUAUCAACACGCCCGCCGUCGCCGCAGCCUACGUGGUGAAGCGGUACAUGGCGCAGGCCUCCGAUGAGAUAUCCUUCGAGGUGGGAGACAUGAUCAGCGUGAUAGACAUGCCGCCGCCCGAGGAAUCUAUCUGGUGGAGGGGAAAACGAGGCUUCCAAGUGGGGUUCUUCCCCUGCGAGUGUGUGCAGGUCAUCGGCGAUAAGGUCCCUCAGACGAUCCAGCCCCAGACCCUGACGCUGCCCCCCGCCCGGACCCAGCCCCCCACCGCCGCCCCCCUGGCCCACCACACCCUGGGCAGCCCCACCGCCGCCCCCACCAAGCCCGUGCUGCGGAAACAUGGCAAACUCAUCGCCUUCUUCAGGAGUUUCAUCUUGUCACGUCCUUCCCGUCGCAAGCUGAAGCAGAGUGGCAUCCUGAGGGAGCGUGUGUUUGGCUGUGACCUUGGGGAACACCUCCUCAACUCAGGCCACGAGAUCCCCAUGGUCCUGCGGUGUUGCUCUGAGUUCCUGGAGGGGCAUGGCAUUGUGGACGGCAUCUACAGGCUCUCCGGCAUCACCUCCAAUAUACAGAAGCUGAGGAACGCAUUCGAUGAGGACAGGAUACCGGACCUGUAUGGGGACGACAGCAUCCUGCAGGACAUCCACUGCGUCUCGUCAGUGCUCAAGAUGUACUUCCGGGAGCUGCCCAACCCGCUGCUCACCUACCAACUGUACGAGAAGUUUGUGGAGGCAGUGAUGCAGGACGAGGACAUCAGGCUGCUGUACCUCAGGGAUGUGGUGCAGCAGCUGCCCCCACCACACUACAGAACACUGGAGUACCUGGUGCAGCAUCUCUCCCGGGUGGCGUCACACAGUGGAGAGACGGGCAUGACAGCCAAGAAUAUUGCCAUCGUGUGGGCGCCCAACCUGCUUCGCUCCAAGGACCUGGACAACGGGGGGGUGGCGGCACUGCAGGAUGUGGGCACUCAGGCGGUGGUGACUGAGUACCUGGUGCGUUAUGUUGACCUCAUAUUCAACGAUAAGAUUCCCACCUUCUCACAUUCCACUAACGGAGUCGAGGGGACGCCUAAGAAGUCACGGCCAAAGUCCCUCGCCAUCUCCACGCCUACCAAGCUCAUCUCCAUCGAGGAGGCACGCACCAGAGCCCUCAACACCGCCAUCAAACCCGACCAGAAGUAUAUUGAAGUUGGAGGAGGGCCACAGAACCUGCCCCCGAAGUACCACACGGUGAUCGAGCUGCCAAACCGGAAGGGAGGUAGUCUGAAGCAGAAGAAAUCCCCAUCAGGCUGGAAGAGCAUUUUCAGCAAGGGGAGGAGCAUUCACAAGCACCCUCGUAAAGCCUCCACCCCUAGUGACCUGCCUCUCAAUAUCUCUGACUCUGUGGUGACCGAGGCUGAUGUUGCUCCCUCCAUCUCCAAGCGUCUCCGCACAGUCAAGUCAGUAGAGUCCCUCAUCUCUGCCUCUGCCUCAUUACAUUCAAAUAGAAACUCACAGGCCCUGGAGUCGCCGGAGAGGAAGGAUGGCCUGGAGCGGGACAGACAGCAGCGGUCUCCCCAGGACGGCCGGGAGAGCCGCAGUGACUCCCUCACCAGCCCGCUGUCCUCGCCCCGCACACACAACCGCUCUGUCUCUCACGACUCUUACUUCAACAUGCUGGACAGCCGCACCAACACUGUGCCGUCACAGGUGCCCGUCAAGGAGGAGGGCGAGAGUGAUCUAGACUCUCCAGAGAACUCCAGGAUUUAUCUUGACAUCAGUGAGCUGGACCUGAACUUCAGCACAAGCGAGAAGGACCUGAAGGGCUUUGAGGUGGACACGCUCAAGUCCACGUCGAACGAGGAGCCUGACAAUAUGUCCAACUCCACACUGGACAUGGAGAACCUUAGCAUGUGUUCCGAGGGCACCAAGAGCAAGGAGAACGUCAGCCCCCGCCCAGAGAAGAAGAGCCUCAAGGACAAGCUGAGGCACCGGUUCACGUCACCGCCCACACAGCGCAGGAAUGACCACAGCCUCAGCGACUCCGGGGAUGACUCCCACAACAACAGCCUGAAGCGAGCCUCGGCAUCUCUCAGGGACAAAAUUGUGCAGGCUCUGAGCCCAGAAACGUCUCGCCGGCAGACGGACGCCUCCCCAAAGGCCUCGUCUCCGUCCAGCUCUCCAAAGUUCAAGCAUGUGCGCACGGUGGAGGUUCAGGGACCAGACAGCUACACCACCAAGCCUGAGGUGCCCCGGUCACUCAUCGGGGACAGGGGCAUGGAGCACGAGGGGAGCAUAGAGACCGUGCUGGCGGAGAUCCACGUGGAGGCAGACAGCCAGGAUAACACCCCUUCAAGACUCAGCAUGGACGGCACACUCAUUGACCCUGAACUGCUGGACAAGAUCACGCACCUCAGGACGUCUCCCUCUGUGAGUGCAUCUGAGGUCAGCACAAACUCAUUGGCCGAGGCGACGAUAUCAGACAAUGAGAGCUUCACCCUGGGCAGCAGCAACAGUGGUGUGGGCAUCACUGAGGGCAAGGAAGUGCUAUCAGACACUGCCAGUAGCCUCACGCAGUCUAACUCUGCUACCCCCAUUGCUGCGUCCGCAUUCAGUGUUGCCCCUGAGAACCCCGCCACACAGAAAGAGGCAACCAACAACCCCAUCACCCCAAUGGAGGAGGACCUCACCCCCAUGCAAGAGUUCCCAAAGCCCAGACCUAAUUCACUGCUGGGAUUGCCGACUGCCGAGCUCCUCUCCCUGGGGUCUGCUCUCACCUCUCCCGAGACUCCACAGGGUGACUCCACCUUCCUGGAAAUCCAGUACCACCCCUUGAGCGACACCACAGAGCCCUCCACCCCGAGUGAGUCUCAGUUUGUGCAGGACCUGGUGGGGGUGGGGCCAGCAGUGCCAUACCAGCCCCCCAUGGAGGAGCCGCGGCAGUCCAGCCCCCUCUCAGUGGACCUGAGCAGCAGCGACGACCCCACGGAGGAAGGCCCGACCUACGAGAACGUGGAAGCAACCAGUUCGUGUCUGAAUGUGGACCCCACCACCGCCGCCCUCCCACCCUCCCCCUGCACCCUGUCUUCCCAAGGGGACUCCCAGGCAGACGACAAAGCUUUAAUGGACCAAUCCGGCGGCCAGAGCUACGACAUCCCCUAUGAGAACCUGAAUUCGGUGUAUGAGAACGUGAAUUACAGCGCCGAGUACGAGAACUUUGAGUAUGGUCCCGAGUACCAGAACGUUGAGUACGAGGCAAAUACAGAAAGCCUGGAGGGGAACAAGACUGACAGCCUCAGGAGUGACGUGUGCAACGAAAGGCAGGAACAGUCGAGUGUGAUGGUGAACGCCAUGAGUGAGAGCGACGGCCUGGGUGAGGAGAGUGAGGAGGCGAUGGCCGAGUGUGUUUACGAGAAUGUCGAAUCUCUCCCCGGUGAAUCUCGUCCCGUGUAUGAAAACUUGGAGGAAAGUAGUGCCGAGCAGAACCAGUGUGUGCCUGAGGGCGAUGAUGCCUACGAGGAGUAUCUGUUUGGGAGCGAUAGGCAGUACGAGAACGUGGAGUUUGCCUCCCCGGCGCCGGCUGCCCCCGACAAGACCUGUGACACCAAGACUCCCGUAGAGGUGGAGGGGGAGAUGGUGUACCAGCAGGUUAAGAUAUUCCGCAAAUCUGUGAAGGAAGUGAAUGACAUGCUGAGGGCGAAGGGGGAGAGGCGGGAGGGCACGGAGCAGUGUAGCGUUAGCAGUGCGGCGGGUAGUGAUAAAGGUGUGAGUGUUUACAAAGUGGACAAGAGUGACCAUAUUUCAGAGCUUCCAGUACAGGUGCCUCAGAUGGGCAACACAAGUGUUCCCCACCCCUCAGAGUCUUUGCCUUGUUCCCAGGACCUUGUACCACAGCCCAGAGGGACGGCCCAAGACCCAGAGCUGCACACUCAGCCAAGCGAGGAUAGCGAGUGUCUGGACUCCCCCAUCACCUCCUCGUCAGUCAGCAUGGCGACGGAGGUGUUAGUACUCCCCGCUUUUGCCUCACCCACAGAGUCCACCACUGACGAUGUCACCUCCCCUGUGAGUAGUGAUGACGCUAGUUCUCCAAGACCCGUGCAUGAUGUUCAGGAUUACUGCUCCUCGUCUUCCCCUUCAAAAAUGCCGGCUGUCCUGCCCAACCUGUCCCCUCCCACCCCAGAGAAUGUUCCCACUCCCCCUGCUGCAACCUCCACCCCCAACAGAUCCCUGCCUCCCCCAAGCAUUAUCAGCCCCUCCCCAUGGCCCCGCACCUCCCCCAGACACGCACCCAUCACUGCCCCCGUGCCCAGGCCCCGUCAGCUGCCCAGGCUAAACUUGUCCUCACCUCUUGUGUCUCCUGUCUCCACCCCCUCCUCCUCUGUGUCUAUUUCCCCCGACUCCCCCGCCACUCCAGGCAACAGCUCCUCCCAGGCCACUCCUACUGAAGAGCGGGUCCCUGACUCUCAAAUGUCCCAGCCUAGCCAGUCAAAUUUUAUGGUGGAAUGCCAGAGGAGUGAGUUGCCGUGCUCUGUGGAUCCUAAAUUUCACAAACCAGUAGGGGAUAAGGCACAGGGUGGUCCCACAGACCCUGCCAUACCACAAUUGCCACAGCCUCCUCCCACUACUAAGUCUGAUGUUCAUGAAGCCAAGAAUUUGACUGGCUCUAAACCAUCUCCUCUCUCUCAACUUCCCACUUUCCAAAGAUAUAAAAGUUCCCCGGAAUUCAAGACCACUUCCAAAGAGACAACUGGCGAGAAUGCCUCUGAGAAAACCACGUGGGAGAUCGAGGAAGCGACAUCGGCCGGCCUGGCGAACCCCAUGACGAACCUCGACUCAUCCGACCCACAGAAGAGGGAGAGAAUCGAACAGUACAAAAGGGAGAGGCGGUCAUUCUUGAGGGAAAAGUACAAAUCUGAGAGCUUUCGUGGGGAGAAGGACGACAUGAUCCUCAGGCUGCGGCAGAAGGCAACGAGUCCAUCGCGGCCAGGCGAGGAAGGUGCCGAGGACGAAGAGCUUGUCAUGUACUCAGGGUCUUCAGGUGACGUGUUCCAGAGGAGGAGAGAGAGUUUGAGUCCAACCAAGCAGUUAGACCUAGCUGCAGGUAAGACCUCCCCCACCAAGCAUACGGCAAGGGCAGGCAAGAGGGAGACUGUCGAGACCAGCACCUCAAAAGACAAGAGUGAGGAUCAGGAGGAAGGUUCAGUAUUCAAGCGAACAUCACCCACCAGGAGAAGUCUGAGUGACAUGGGGAAGACUGGAGAACUCAGAAGCCCAACGAGGACUCGAUUUUCCUCAGGAGGCGCAGCGCCCUCCUUCCGCAGGAGUAGCAGCAGCGGCAGCAACAGCAGCGCCGGGAAGCCUGCUGAGCCCGUGGUGCAGCAGCCUGGCACUAAACAGCUUCCAGAGAGAGAGUUGGCACUUCAGCAUUCCAGUUCUGGGGAGUCACGGUCUAGUCCUCCAAGGAAAAACUCUUCAUCAGCAAGCCCAGUGACAAUGCCCGACAUGCUGCCCCUGCAGAGACCAGGCACCAGCCAGGCACGGAGGGGCAAGGCACCCAAGAGUGACGAUGAUGACAUCAACGUGAAGGCACGAGUGGCAGUCUGGGGCAAGCAGGACAAGCCUGGCACCCCCAAAGACACCAACAGCAUCAACAAAGAAGAAGUGGAGACCAAAACAGAGAAAGCGACAACGAAGAAGCAGGAGCAGAAGGUGGGGAAGGAAAUGGUAACUAGGAAAAACUCAAGUCCCACUCCCUUGUCACCAGUUAGGAAGUCCUCUCUCCCCAAGGCCACUCCCCCUUCCCCAGGCAUAUCUAAAGCCCCUUCCUCCUCCCCAGGGUCAGGGAAAGUCUCUCCCCCUGGCAUCCCCAAAGCUCCCCCCCUGUCCCCCACAAAAGUCAGCAUGAAGGCGGGAAACAAGCAGAAGGAAGAGGCCAUUGAUGCUGCCAGUGCCACUGCGAGAGGAAACCCAGGACAGCAGAGCAGGAUUAGAGACAUGGCAGCCAUUUUUGAACGCGAUUCACCCACUGGUUCCAAGCCGGUCAUGGUGAGGCAAAGCUCAAGAGAAGAGAAGAAGGAGAGGUAAGUGGAAGUACUGAACACCUGACGCUGCAGGUCUGCUUCACCAAAGAUGAACUCGUCUGCCGCCACCUGGCCCAGCAGGGGUUGGUUUCCCCUGCUGCCGAGCCUGGCCGGGGUGGGCGUCCCCUGCUGCCUGCCUCCCCAGGCGUGGGUGUCCCCUGCUGUAUGGCAAGGCAGGGGCGAGUCACACAUGAACUGGGUGACAGAGUGCUCAGCCAACCCUUCCCCCUCACCUCCCCGCUUGAGCCCCACUGCCCCAGGCCCCCUGGACACCCCGCCCGGCAGAGGCAGCCCAGGGCGCCGCCACGACUGCUCUCUAUAAGGAAGAACUUGUUGUUACAUUCCAAAUAUUUUCUCGAUAUGUGCAUGUUAUGAGCUACUUUAGAACUAUACCAAUUCUCUCACUCACUCCUGACAAGAUUGUGCCAUUACAUCUCUAUAGGCAAUUUUGAUCCAGAUUCUUAUAAACACCCAUUCUCCUCCUCCCCUUUUCCUCCCCAUCCUCCCCCCCACAACCCACCAAUUCAUGAUCCGAAGACGACGACAAUGUGUGUGUGUGUAUAUUCUAUUAAAUACAUCCUACUAUUUUAUUGCUCAGAUUUGUGUAUCUCAUGCCCUCAGCUACAGUGGUGUACAUACUCAACAGGCUCACUCCAGCAGCAAGUGUGAGGUUCAGGCUUUUGUGUUGCAUCAGUUUUGUUUUUGCUGUGUGUUUGUGUGUGUGUGUGUGUGUGUGUGUGUGUGUGUAUGUGUGUGUGUGUGUGUGUGUUUGUGUUGAUUCUGAUGCGAGUAUGUUUUUUUCUUUUUUUAUAUUUUUAUAGGUGUCUUUCAAUUUGCCUUUUUUUUUUCUUCUUCUUUUUUAUGAUUUUUUUUGAGUUACGGUUUGUUUUGUAACGCGUUCAUUAGUCAGUGAGAUAAACCAUUGACUCCAGAAGCACAAGAUAUAUAUAUAGUCUGUAAUACCAAUCCUGUAUUGUAUUUAUUUCUCUCGUUUUUUAUUCCCUCAUCUUUAAGCACGAUUUGAAAGAACUAUAUACUAUUUUGAAUACUAAAGGAGCAGCCUCUAUCUAUACAAUAUAUAAUCGGACCAGUCAUCAUUAGGGAAAGUCAGUUAUACAUAACAUACGUGGUGCAAAACUGUUUUUCAUAGAUUACAUAUAUUAUAAAACUCCAUUUGUAUAAACUGCCAUGACUCGUUUUGAAGAUAUCCCAAUGUACAUACUUGUAAGAAAUAUAGCUAUGGAGAAAUUACC